AUGGCCGAUAGCAUCAUCUCCCGUGGACAGGCCAUUCUCGAAAACCAAACCGAUCGAUCAUCGCUUUUGCAGGUUGGGAUUUUCCAGACUGCCGUCAUGGAACUAAUACAGUCGCCUUCAGGUCGUUACAUGGAGCAAAAUUGGAAAAUCUACGUCAGCGCAAGCGCUGACACAGUUGUUGACGUGGUUGAUAAUGCAACCAUAGAUGCCAGGCUUCCUCUAGACCGCCUAUCCGUGGGUAGAGGACUGUUGUACCUAUACGACGAAACUGCGACCAGCACAUACAAGAAGACGCUUGCUGCUCUGCGUGCCUCGAUUGAUCUGCAGCCGCGGAAUAUAUUCGGCGGACUAUGGUAUUAUAUCUAUCCAAAUUGGAGCUAUUUGGAUGGAAUGUUCUCACUGUUGUCAUUCUACCCCUUGUAUACCACGAAUAUGGAUAUUGCCAACAUGACCGAGGUCAACAAUGACCUCUUCCAUCAGAUCGAACUCUUGUGGAAGCAUUGUUAUGAUAAUACGACGGGCCUUCUUUUCCAUGGAUAUGAUGCAACCAAGACCGCCUCCUGGGCAAACCCCACGACUGGCGCCAGUCUAAUCGUCUGGGAUCGUGCGCUCGGCUGGUUCAUGAUGGCAUUGGUUGACUUUCUAGAGCUCCCGCUCAUGGACUCACGGGUGGCGACAUGGCGUGCGCGAUUCGUUGAUCUCGCCAACGCUGUCGUGCAAGCAGUGGAUCCGGCGUCUGGCUGCUGGUGGCAAGUGAUGUCCUCCCCGGGACGUAAAGGCAACUACAUUGAAGCUAGUGGAUCUGCCAUGUUCACCUAUGCCCUCUACAAGGGGGUGCGACUUGGCCUUCUGCAAGACAACAACCCUCAAGAGCCCCCCUCUGAGAACCACAUUGCCCAUUUCCGGGCAAAUUAUACCAGCGUCGCCGCUCGGGCCUAUCGCACACUUGUGGACAGAUUCGUCGUGGAGAAUCAAGACGGCACCCUAAGCUACAACGGAACCGUGGGUGUGUGCAGCUUGAACUCCACCGCUAACUACGAGUACUAUACCGAGCAACCACUCGUAUACAAUAGCGUAUUGGGAUCCGCAGCCUUUGUUCGCGCCAGCAUGGAGCAUGAAUUGGAGCACGGAGUUCUCUACGAGCAGUAG